CAGAAUGUUUUGGGGAUCAGAAACUUCUUAUUCGCCGACGCGACGUGGGCACUGUAUUGACAGGUUGCACAAAAUUUCCUCAAAUAAAAUGGCUUUCACCUUGAGAAACGUACUUAUCUUGGACAACGUGGCAAGCUGUUGUGCUCAAAUACUCCAGGACAACGGUAUCCAAGCAGAUUCGGUAGCUAAAUUAAGCAAAGAAGAGUUGUUGGCACGAAUUCCGAAUUACGAUGGCGUCAUCGUCCGUUCAGCCACAAAGAUUACCGCAGAUGUCAUUGAUGUUGCCAAAAACUUAAAGAUUAUUGGCAGAGCAGGGACAGGCGUUGACAACAUUGAUGUCAGUGCAGCAUCACGUCAUGGCAUCAUUGUCAUGAACACGCCAGCUGGAAAUACUCUGAGUGCAGCUGAACAUACAUGUGCCAUGAUGUGUGCUAUGUCAAGAUAUCUUCCACAAGGUCACAUGUCACUGAAGGAGGGCCGUUGGGAUCGGAAGUUGUUCAUGGGGAAUGAACUUAACGGAAAGACCUUAGCCAUCGUUGGUCUAGGCAAGAUCGGAAAAGAAGUAGCGACAAGAAUGCAGUCGUUUGGCAUGACAACCAUCGGGUAUGAUCCUAUCAUUCCUGCAUCCGAAGCUGCUGAGUUCAAUACUGAGUGGAUGGAAUUAGAACAGCUUUGGUCUAAGGCUGAUUACAUCACAGUGCACACCCCUCUGAUCCCGCAAACAAGAGGUCUUCUUGGCGAGAAGACUUUUCCACUGUGUAAGCCCGGUGUACGUGUCAUCAAUGUUGCUAGGGGAGGAAUCAUUGAUGAAGCAGCAUUACUCAAAGCAUUGGAGUCUGGUCAGUGUGGAGGGGCAGCACUUGAUGUGUUUGAACAGGAACCACCCACUAACAGCGCCCUCAUACAGCAUCCUAAGGUUGUGUGUACACCUCAUCUGGGGGCGAGCACAGAGGAGGCUCAAUUACGUGUUGCCAUGGAGAUAGCUGAGCAGAUGGUGGAUGCGGUGAAUGGAAAAUCUCUUUUUGGUGCUAUCAAUGCUCAUGCCUUGAGCAAUGCCCUCAAGCCAGAGACAAAACCACUAGUCUCACUGGGAGAAUGCCUAGGGGCUGUGGCUACGGCUUUAUGUGGACAAGUCACUAACCAAACCCAAGUCCAAGUCAUCACGUAUGGUGACAGUUUAAAGCAGGCGGGGUCAUAUUUGGGAGCAGCAGUAACAGUAGGUUUGCUGAGAAACAGCACAUCAAACGGGAUGAACCUGGUGAAUGCUGGAGUCUUAGCCAAGGAAAUAGGCAUCCAGAUUGCUACGAAUCAUCAGGAUUGUUCACCUGUACCCCUUACCAGUCCAUGUGUCUCUGUUGUCAUCACAGUGAAUGGUGCGAGCCAUAAGAUUAGUGGUUCUGUUAUGAAUGGAUCACCUGUACUACUUGAGAUUGAUGAUGCUGUGUUUGUCAGUGGUGUUAUGCUACAAGGCAACAUGUUAGUGUACAACACACAGGCAGGUGCUGCAGCAUUCCCAGCUAUUGCAAGUGUUUUGUCAGCUAGCAACCAGAUCUUAUCAUAUGGAACCACACCUCCAUCUAAUAAUGGCUCAUGGAGUGCCAUUCAACUAGCAUCUCCGUUACCUAGUGUGGACAGCCUUAAACAACAUGCUUCAUUUGCUGCUCAGUUGAGUCUUAGUUAGGCCAAUCAGUAAGCCAGAUAUUUGACCUUUGACAUGAGCAGUCCAGCUAAUGUGCCUCAGGGUCGUUGGUCAAACAUACCGACACUCGUUGAAUGAUGGGUAAAUGGAUAGGCUUUAAUACCCCCCACAUCUUUGCAGCACGGAUACAAAUUGUUAUAAAGUGGUAAAUUCUGGAAGGUUUUUGGAACUUUUAUCUUAUACCUUGCUAUUUUCUUUGCAGUAAAGUUGAAUUUGCUGAAAUGCAGUCACUUAACUGUUGCUAGGCCACUGUUUCCCAUUUUCUGUUUCUCCAUGCAAAGAAGUGUGCUGCAUUUGAUUGUUGUUUGCAUUUUUAAUCAAAUUUGUUGAUGGCAUUUCAUGUGUCAUGUCUGUGAACAAUCUGCUACAAUCUGUUGAAUUGUCCUGUAGUGAGACAACACACUAAUGUAGUGGGAAAAACUAAAAUAAGUGAAAGUCAAUUAAUGCCCUGAACAAGUUGAUAUUGUUUUAAAUGAUUGAUGAUCAAAUCAUCACUGGAUCAAUACUUUAUAUUUAUUACAAGAUGUUUAGAACUGAUUGAAGGUAACUUUGCCUCUAGUGCUAAUAAUAAUUUGAUUUCUAGAGGAAUAAAAAGUAUUCAAAUGUAUGUAUAAUCUGAAAUUGUAUUUAGUUAAUUGGAAACCUGUGACAAAGUUCCUUAUGAGACUCCAAAAAGCCAGGUCUGGACAGGCAAUUAAUAGUAUAACAACUGCAUGUUUUAUUAAUGCCAAACCUUACUCUUAAGUUUUACAGAUUAUCAAAUUUCGCGAGAUUCUAAACAAAAGUAUUAAAACACUACAUGCAAGUAAAACUCAAGAAACUUUGAUUAUUUUUGUUUUGAAAUGAAACAUAAAAAGUAUAUAAAAAAGUAAGUUAAUGCUGACUGUUUAUCUUGCUAUAAAACCAGGAUAUUAAAAUGUCAGUAAUUUGGGGGACUACAAUCAAUCAUGGAAUUAAUUUGUGCUGUUCUUCUCUGUUUUCUGCUUCGAUUGUUGAAAAUAAAUGAUAAAAUGAAACCGA